GCGCGCAUUUGUUCAGUAGCAGGAGCGCGCAGAGCGCAUAAAUUGGGUGAGAAAGGCAGCGUGAGCAUGCUGUUAGGAGUUGUCAGCCUCAGAAUUGGAUUUCUUGAAUAUAGUUACAGUUUCGGAGCAAAUGAGAACUGGGAGGAACACGUUUCUACUCCGAGAAUAGCAUCUUCGCAGCAGCUCAAAUUAAACGGGUGUUUAAAUUAGAUUCGAGUUGGUGUAGUCGUUUCAUUUUCGCAUGGAAUGCACCGUGGCGUCUCACUUUAGUUUUAGACAUCGUUAAUUGCAAGCGUGGAUAUUACUGACGCGCUGCGUACGCGAAUACAACUGAGGGGACAUCGCUGGGUAUAAUCUCCGAGAAACAUUAAGCAAUAGAAUAACAGACACACGUAUGUUUCUCUACAUGGCUUUCCGUCUCUGAACAGCGGAAACCCACACAGACGAGCCUGUGUAAUUAAACCUUGCGGCAGCAACGCGGACGAUUAUUAUUUUUGUUGUUGCAAAGCAAUUUCUUCUCAGAGACGCGAGCGGCGCGCGCAGAAGUGUGCUGGAGCCGAGAGCGGAUCGCCUGGAGCCGGACUCCUCGCUCCUCAGGACGAUGGUGUUAGACAAGGAAGAGGGUGUGCCGAUGCUCUCCGUCCAGCCCAAAGGAAAACAGAAGGGAUGCGCCGGCUGCAACCGUAAGAUUAAAGACCGCUACCUGCUCAAGGCCCUGGACAAAUACUGGCACGAAGACUGCCUGAAAUGUGCCUGCUGCGACUGCCGCCUGGGGGAGGUGGGCUCCACCCUCUACACCAAAGCCAAUCUCAUCCUCUGUCGCAGGGACUACCUAAGUGUACCGACCCAGACUCUGUGUGUUCCAAUUAAGUCCCAGUUGCACAAGGAAGCAAACUGCUUGAAGUGGCAUCUUGUAGUGAUUGUUUGUUUAGCCGGGCUCUUUGGUACAACGGGGAACUGUGCAGCCUGCAAUAAACUGAUCCCGGCCUUUGAAAUGGUGAUGAGGGCCAGAGAUAAUGUUUACCAUUUGGACUGUUUUGCCUGUCAGCUUUGUAAUCAGAGGUUUUGUGUGGGCGACAAGUUUUUCCUAAAAAACAACAUGAUUCUGUGUCAGAUGGACUAUGAGGAGGGGCAGCUCAACGGGAGCUUUGAGACACAAGUUCAAUAGCCAAUCAAAUGACGGC